AUGUCAGCAACUAGAGUAGAAAUGGAACAGGUCGAACAACAACAGCAACAACAGAAGCAACAACAACAACAAGAACAAGGAUCGAUGCUGAAAACUGCCCUGGCCAGUUCUCUAUUGGCAGUCGUGUUGGCGAUUGCUCCCAAUGCGGGUGUUGCCGUCAGUGGCGGUGGUUUGGACUUUGCAGGUUUGGAUAUUUCGGGCCAAGAUUAUGCCGAUAAAAAUUACAAGGGCAAAGACUUUACUCAAGUGAUUGCCAAGGGAACAAACUUUGCCAAAUCCAAUUUGCAAGGGUGUCGAUUUUACAAGGCGUAUUUGGUCAAUGCUGACUUUUCGGAUGCUGAUAUUCGAGGAGUCUCAAUGGAGGACACUAGUAUGGAUGGGGCUUCCUUGAAGAAUGCCAUUGCGGUUGGAUCUUAUUUUGGUGAUAGCAUUUUGGAAGUCAAAUCCUUGGAGAAUGCUGACUUUACAGACGCUCAGUUUCCUGUCAAGGCGUUGCCCCAACUAUGUGAACGAGAAGAUAUGAAGGGAACCAACCCAGUUACUGGAGCUGAUACCAGGGAAAGUGCCAUGUGCCUAUAG